AUGGCGUCCUGUGGGCAAGGCCCAGCAAUGUCCCCUGCGGUGGGGAAGCUCCAGGAGCUUGAGCCUCGGGUGGCCCGCAGACGUCUAUCACAGGCCCGCCACCGAGCUACCCUGGUGAUGCUCUUCAACGACCUCCGGAAGAUUGUCUACUCCAAGUCUGACCUCACAUCCUCAAAGUGGCAGGUUCUGAAUAAGGCGAAGGAUUAUAUUCAAGGACUGGAACAAAUGCUGGGCAAUUUGCUAAAGCUAAAAGAAUCCUUCAACCUGAAUGACGAGAAUGCCAAGAGCUUAGAGGAGAUCAAGGAAGAAUAUGCCAGAAUGUACUCUGGAGACAACAGCUUGAUCUUAGAAAAUUUUCCUCAGAAUGACUCCUUCCUCCUGUGUCCACCUGAGACUGGCGGGAAGGAGGAGGCUGAGGAAGAAGAUGAGGAAGAACAAGACGAGGAGGAAGAAGAGGAGGAAGAAGAGAAAAAAAUAGACUUGACUGCUUCUCCAGUUGCUACAUCCCCAGAGCUCCUGGAAUUUGAGCGGUACCUCAACUUUUACAAGCAGACGAUGGAUCUGCUGACGUGGAACGGCAUCAUCUCUUCCCAGGAGGUGUUACUCCCCAUCGUCUCAGCAGCCAUCUCCCGCCUGUGGCAGAUCCUCCCUGAGGAAUCCAAGGCCUGUCUGCUGCAGGCAUGGACACAGAAGCACAGCAGCCUGGCCGAGGCUGGCCUGGAGUCCACCUAUGCCGAGGACAGCAUGAAGGACAGCGGGGUGGACAGCCAGGGAGCCAGCUGCUCACUGGCCUCCACCCCCGAGGAGAUCCUUUUUGAAGAUGCUUUUGAUGUGGCAAAUUUCCUGGACAAAAACGAAAUUCCAAGUACAUUGAGCUCCAGCUCCAUGUAUGCUUACUUCAACCCUGAUAAUACCCAGGAGAAGUUCCAGCUCUACAUGCAGAUCAUCGACUUUUUCAAAGAGCUCGGCAGUGGCAACACUCAGGUAAAAGAGGAAUCAGUUGAUGAUGAAGAGAUGAUUAUGUUGAAAUGCAUGGAGACCUUUGACGACGAAGACCUGUAA